AGUAAACAGACGAAUGUUCUCUUGCUGCGACUAAAACCAGAUCAAAUUUGUUCUCAAACAGUUUUCUUAAACCUAAGUGCUAUGGUCGACCCCAGUGUUCAUCCACAAUAUCGUGGAGCGUUAGUCACCGACGAUAAGAUGAGCGGUACUCCGCGUUAUAAUCAUGGUUCUACUGGCCGCAGUAGUCGUUUCAGAGAGGAACUGCAAGAAUUUAGCAAAGAGGACCAAGAAGUGGGUUCAAUCACUAGCAACGUUUGCACAAACAAAUUACGUGCUUACCGACCAUCCAUAAAUGCUGAUAAGUAUUUUGCUAAAAGGAUCAAGAAAUCAGCAGAAGACUCGAAUAUAAGCUGCAUUGACGGUUUCAGAGAGGAACUGCAAGAAUUUAGCAAAGAAGAUCAAGAAGUUGGUUCAAUCACUAGCAGCGUUUGCACAAGCAAAUCACGUCCUUACCGACCAUCCAUAAAUGCUUAUAAGUAUUUUGCUAAAAGGAUCAAGAAAUCAGCAGACGUCUCUAAUAGUAGCCGCAUUGAUGGUUUCAGAGAGGAUCUGCAAGAAUUUAGCAAAGAAGACCAAGAAGUGGGUUCAAUCACUAGCAACGUUUGCACAAGCAAAUCGCGUCCUUACCGACCAUCCAUAAAUGCUGAUAAGUAUUUUGCUAAAAGGAUCAAGAAAUCAGCAGACGUCUCCAAUAGUAGCCGCAUUGACGGAGAGGAGCUGCAAGAAUUUAACAAAGAAGACCAAGAAGUGGGUUCAAUCACUAGCAACGUUGGCACAAGCAAACCACGUCCUUACCGACCAUCCAUAAAUGCUGAUAAGUAUUUUGCUAAAGGGAUCAAGAAAUCAGCAGACGACUCGAAUAAAAGCAGCAUUGACCGAGAGGAACUGCAAGAAUUUAGCAAAAAAGACCAAGAAGUGGGUUCAAUCACUAGCAACGUUGGCACAAGCAAACCACGUCCUUACCAACCAUUCAUAAUUGCUGAUAAGUAUUUUGCUAAAGGGAUCAAGAAAUCAGCAGACGACUCGAAUAAAAACAGCAUUGACGGAAACCCUGAACUAGGCAAACCAACCGGCAGUCAGCUGCACAAAAGACGACCAACGAUAAAUAUCGUUCAGGGAAAUUUACCGACCACCGAUCGGGAUGUACCCAUUAAUUCUUCCACGAGCUUUAUCCCAAUGGAUGAAAUUGUAUUUGAUGAUUUGCCCUUUCCUCCAGUCCCGAGUCAGAGCUCUGAACCUCGCUUUAGCUCUCAACAGAGUUCUCCGACAGCAAAGGACAAAUCUUCUCCAAAAGCGGUCAGGUAUAGCUUGAGUACAAGCUCAGAUAGUGAUGGUAAGAUUUUGCCUGACCUUGAGAAUAGCUCUACUGGCGGUCUGAACCCAAAUACUAAUUACUUCGGGGAUACUUCGGAGAAUGAGGAUGGGGAGAAGGAUGAUGGAAAACAAACCGGGAAAAGUAUAUGGUCUGAGAUGGAAAUCUCCGACAGCAGUGGCGAAGAAACUGCCCAAAUUGAGGGCGCUCAACUGUCCAUUGAAGAGCAACAGCGCCAAAUGUUGGGAAACAAGUUGACGGCAAAGUUCCGUGCCACCCUACCGGCUGAAAACUCAGCCCAUCUUGAUGAUCAAUCGCAGUAUCUAAAAAUGCCCCAUUUCAUAGCCGUAGAAUCCAAGGCCUACGUGGCUAAAGACUUUAAAAAUGCCAUGACUUCGGAGGAUUUGAAAGACGAACAGGCUCGCGAGGACUUUAAAAAUCGUCUAAAAACUACAGUGAGGUGGAGGGAGGAUGAAAAUAAGAUCAAGGAGUCGAAUUCUAGGAUUGUUCGCUGGUCCGAUGGCAGCGAGACCUUUCAUGUGGGCGGCGAAGUCUUCGAUGUGAUGCACCACCCGGUGACAAAUGACCAAAACCACAUGUAUGUUCGCCUGGAGAGCUUCUACCAACCUCAGGUACCGAUCAAGGACAAGAUGACACUGCGUCCCAAACUGGACUCCGAAUUCGGACAGACUCAUGUCCAGGGUAUGCGUAAUCGCGCCGUGAAUAAACCGCAGACGGGCGUCAAGGUGCUGAUGAACACGGAUGUUGAUCCUGCCCAGGAUCAUGAGCGUCGCGUCAAGCAGGAACUGGCCCAGUUGCGUCUCGAGGAGCGUGAGAAGCGUCGCGAGACUCAGAUGAAUCGACGCAAGCCGCCGGCUAGGCCCAUGCGUCACUGCACCGCAGAUGAUACGGAUCCGGAUAGCGAUAUGGACAUCAACCAAAAUCAGUCAGAUGUAGAAGGGUCAAACGAUGAGGACAACUACUCUAAGGUCAACUUGGCGGCAGCUUCCGAUGACGAUUUGUCCGAUGAACCCCGUUGCAGCACUUCCAAGGGCAAGAAGAUUCUCCCAUCGGAUUCCGACGAGUCUUUCCAGAGCCCAAGUGCUGGACGCAAGGCCAAACCGAUGGUCUAUACCGAUUCCGAUUCAUCGUACUAGAGGGUUAACAUCCGCUCUGUACGAAAUUCCAAUAAACAUAAUGCAUUAGCCAGCCCACAACAAAGAGUAUAGCUGCAACUGAUAAUUAAUUAACAAUUUCUCGCCCCCACGCUGGGCGGCACGGCCAUUGCCGUAAUUAGUGGGCGUGGCAGUGCAGUGUAGCACACAUUAGUAGCCGGCACAGAAAUUGCUUAAGGUCACAAUGGGGUCGUGAUUGCAGCGAGGAGCACUCUAACCCGAAUGCCAUUGUCCGGCUGCCAAACUGGCAGGCAUUCCAACGCCCAAAGCAAUUAGUGGCUAGGUGCACGGGAUGGCUGCCUGGUGUUUUUGGGAGAU